AUGCUACCGAAGUUUGCGUGGGUCUUCUGCUCUGCCGAAGGUUCUCCUUCCUUCUAUGCUGGCUUCCUGCCCGGAGUAGUCAACGUCCUCACUGGUUAUGGAAACACUACCGGUAAUGCUAUCUCUUCACAUACGAGAGUAGAGAAAGUCGCCUUCACUGGCUCAACCCUUGUUGGUCGCAAGAUCAUGGAGGCUGCUGCGAGGAGCAACCUCAAGAGCGUCACCCUUGAGCUUGGUGGAAAGGGUCCAAACAUCAUUUUUGACGAUGCAGAUAUCGAACAAGCUGUCAACUGGGCUGUAUUCGGCAUCUUCUGGAACCACGGUCAGAUGUGUACCGCAGGUUCGCGUAUCUUCAAAACUCGGUCGCUCAAGAUCGGUGACCCAUUUGCACCUGACACUUUCCAGGGUCCUCAGGUCUUAGAGAUUCAAUUCAACCGUAUCAUGUCUUACAUUGAGUCCGGAAAGGCGGAGGUUGAAAUCGGUGGUGAACGUCAUGGAAGCGAGGGCUACUUCAUCAAACCCACCAUCUUCACCAAUGUCGAUCCAUCGAUGAAGAUCGUCCACGAGGAGAUUUUCGGUCCCGUUUGUGUUCUCAUCAAGUUCAAGGAUGAGGAAGAUGUGAUCAAGCAGGCAAAUGACACGCUUUACGGUCUUGCUGCUGCUGUUUUCACCCAGGACCUGAACUGUGCCCUCAACACCGCACACAGACUCAAAGCUGGAACUGCAUGGAUUAACUGUAGCGGUAUCGGUCGUGAAUGUGGUGACUACGCCCUAACUAAGUGA